AUGUCUCAGCUAUUUUAUCAAACUCCCACUGGUAAGGUGAUACCAAUCGAUGUGGAUGCUGACCAUAUAGUGGAGACAGUGAAAUCCAAGAUCCAUCAUCAAGAAGGUAUUCCACCUGAACACUUCUUUCUGACCUCGAGAUCCAAGUGUCUACAAAAUGAGUUGACUCUCAGUGCUUGUGGUGUGGAGCACGGAGGCACUGUGGAUGUGCAACUUCGAAUAGCCGUUAAAACUUUGACUGGUAAAACCAUUUUCCUUGAAGUUGAAACCAGUGAUACAAUCGAAAAUGUGAAAACCAAAAUUCAAGACAAAGAAGGUAUCCCACCAGACCAGCAGCAUUUGAUAUUUGCUGGAAAGCAACUUGAGGGUAGUCGAACAUUAUUGGAUUACAACAUUCAAAAAGAGAGCACAAUUCAUCUAGCACUUAGGCUCCGCGGAGGAAUGCAAAUAUUCGUUAAGACUUUGACAGGUAAAACCAUCACUCUCGAAGUUGAAGCUAGUGACACAAUUGAAAAUGUGAAGACCAAAAUUCAAGACAAAGAAGGUAUCCCACCAGACCAGCAGCAUUUGAUAUUUGCUGGAAAGCAACUUGAGGGUAGUCGAACAUUAUUGGAUUACAACAUUCAAAAAGAGAGCACAAUUCAUCUAGCACUUAGGCUCCGCGGAGGAAUGCAAAUAUUCGUUAAGACUUUGACAGGUAAAACCAUCACUCUCGAAGUUGAAGCUAGUGACACAAUUGAAAAUGUGAAGACCAAAAUUCAAGACAAAGAAGGUAUCCCACCAGAUCAGCAGAUUUUAAUAUAUGCUGGAAAGCAACUCGAAGAUGGUCGGACAUUGUCCGAUUACAACAUACAAAAAGAAGACACAUGUCAUUUAGUACUCCGGCUCCGUGGAGGAAUGCAAAUAUUCGUUAAGACUUUGACUGGUAAAACGAUCACUCUCGAAGUUGAAGCUAGAGACACAAUUGAAAAUGUGAAGACCAAAAUUCAAGACAAAGAAGGAAUCCCACCAGAUCAGCAGCGUUUGAUAUUUGCUGGAAAGCAACUCGAAGAUGGUCGGACAUUGUCCGAUUACAAUAUUCAAAAAGAGAGCACACUACGCCUUGUUUUCAGAUUACGUGAAACAGACAUACAAAUCUAUGCUCAUUUGCCGGAUGGUCGAUCAGUGGAUAUUGCUGUCAAGCCCAGUAGCAAGAUAUGGGAAUUGAAAGACUUAGUCAAUAAAGCUGAACGAAAUCAGUUACCAAUUGAGGAGCAGGAAAUAAUCUUCCAGGAAAAAAUACUUGCUGAUGAUGAUAAGUUACAAGAUUGUGGUAUACUCCAAGAACAGACGGUGCAUAUUGUACGAACAAAAGGUCCCAAACUUGUAUGUGUACAACACAACAGUGAACGAGUAACAUUAAACAUUUACCCUGAAGAAGUUGUACUGGCUUUAAAAGCGAGAAUAUCAGCAGCUGCUUUAGGCAACCCACCUCUCAGUGAGCAGAGACUAAUGUUUAAAGGCCAGGAGAUGUAUGAAACGUGUCAGUUAAAAGAUUAUGGAAUUGAAAGUGAUGACACUCCUAUUACUUUAUUGGUGCUAAAAAAGCUAUACGUUGAAAGUUUUACAGGCUUCAGAAAUGAGGUACAAUUCCACCCAAAUGACAAAGUUGGUACCCUAAAAAGUUGGAUUGGAAAGUAUUGUCAACAACGACUCGAACCAAGUAGACAACAGCUGUUUUACUGCGCUGCUGAUCGAUGCGAGAUACUUGAAGAUGGCCAAGUAAUAUCCACCUACAAUCUACCACAAUCACCAAUACUCCAUCUUUGUAAAGAUGACUACCUUAAUAGACUAGACAAUGAAUGUCUAAACAGUGUGAAAAAGGAGGCCAUCUGGAGUGCUGAGGGUGUCCAGGUCAGUACUGUAGAAGCAAUCCCGCAAGACCAAGAUCUAACUGUGUCCGUUAAUGUCUACGAUCCAUCAAAAUCGUCGUUCAUUUUCCCUCAAGGCUACUCUCUUAUUAGUAGUGUUUAUAUGAUAAACAUAGUCAUGACUGAUGCUUCCCUGAUACGUCACGGAAUACAAGUUCGCUUGACAAAGUACCGACAGCAAAACAGACGAGGAAGUGUGCAAGUAUUACAAGCUUCAUGCAUACCCACGCACUGGGAGGCAAAUCGUAGUGCACCUGUGUUCAGUUUCUCACUAAUUGAACCACAAAGAAUCCAAUCUCAAGGAGAGACAUUGGCGCUGUAUCUAGACUCUCCUCGCUGCUACUUUGUCGUUGCAGAAUUGACUCCUCAACCAUCUGUGCUGUCACAAAUAUCGAAGUCGUUUUCUACAUUUUUCAGAAGAAAUCGUCAGCCUCCACCAACAGCAUCCAGCACUAAGCAGCAACCCCGCCAUGAGAACGAUGGUGCAAAUAGCCCUGAGCACAAUGCAAUUUUAAGUGUUACACCUCAGCUUGUCGAGUGUUUACAAAAAAAUCCAACUUACUUGUUCCGACUUAGGGAUCACCUGUUUGCCGAAAAUGUCAUUUCUGAAAGCAAUUACGGAGCCUUGGAUGAGUUUAGUAGUAGUACCGCUGAUCAUGAAAGAGCUGAUUAUCUUACGACAGUAAUUGCAGAGCGUAUCGGAGAUUGUGAUAAACACUUUUACGAGCUCAUUAAAUGUCUGGAGUUAAUUGGAUCUGAAAAAUGCGCUCAGGACAUUCUGAAAAUACUGAAUAUAGCACGAGACACCUUUAAUGAUACAAUUUGGUAUUAGAACUGAUCACAAAAAUUAUUAAUGUCAACUUGUCAACA